AAGAGGUUGGUAGACACUGGCGACGUCACGGCCGGCGGAGGCCUGGAUCUGCACUGGAACAACGGGCAGCGAAAGAAAAGGGGGAAAAAAAGGGCUAAAAAGAAGGGAGCUUUCAGGACACUCGGCUUCACCCAGGACCCGAGAGAGACACAGGCAGCACAGAGGUGUGAGGAAGAGGAGACGGGGGCGACAGAGAGAGAGAAAUGACCAGCUCAUCGGCUCCUAGAAUUGUUCAUAAUUACAAGCGGACCUCCAGCCCUCGGUCCCCCACCAGCGCGGGCGAGCUGUUCACACCUGCGCACGAGGAGAACGUUCGCUUCAUCCACGAGACCUGGCAGUGUGUGCUGAGAGAUGUCAAGUCCCCCCAGGGCAGCGAGCGUAAUGACCGUGGACCCCAGGAGUAUGUCGAGAAGAACCCCAACCCCAACCUGCACUCUUUCACACCCGUCGACCUGAGCGACAUCAAGAGGCGGAACACACAGGACUCCAAGAAGUCCUAGUGGAUGGCGGCUGGGCCGGCCGCUUCCCUUCCUCCUCUGGGGCGUUCUCUUCUGCCGAUCUUCUCUGCCAAGCCAGUCAGCGGGUCUGCCAGGCCCAGCCAAGCCCCCGAGGCUUCUGGUCUCCCUUCCUGUCUGACCCACCGCCCGAACUUCCCAGUCACUUCCACCCCGUGAAUGAGAGCAAGCCGGCACGCCAGCACGGUCGCUGUGGUGUGCACCAGAUCCCCCGCCCCACCGGACCUCGCUCUUCACUCGCCGGCAGACGCCGCCCGCAGUCUGCGCCGGGAGACUGCGGCGUGCACUUGGGCUGUCUGUUCUGUCACGGGACGUCCUGUGCGAUAAUGCCGCGUCUCUGGCCCUUGGUGUGGGUCACGCCUUCCUCUUCCUGUGGCACCGCUCCGGCUGCGUCCAGCGGACCAGUCGCCCCUCCGCUCUUGCGGCGAGAGAGUCUCGGUGUGGGGGAGAGAAACACGGCCUCUUCCCUCGGCGCUGGAGGAAGAAGAGGGGCAGGCUGGGCAGCUCGCACGUGGAGAGUGGGAGAGCAGGAACAUGGAGCGCUUCCCUUUUCCAGGUUUGAUAUCUCUGAGAAACAAAUAUUUUUACUCAAUUAGCUGUUCUCGAAGAGCAUCACUGAGCAGACCGACGAGGGUUCAGACCACAGCGCCACCAGUAUUGAAACGGCAGCGUGGACCUGUCGGCCAAGGGGAAGCUCUGACUGGCUCUGUUUCGCACCCAGGAAUACAGUGUUAAAUGGACAUGCAUGACCUACGUGAGAGGAGAGCACUUAGGGUUGGCAGUUUUGUUCUUGGUAGUCAAAAUUAGGUGAACGAUUAAAAGGAGUUGGUUAAAGAAGAUAUUAAAACUCUUGACCUUUUUAUCAUAAAUUAUUUCCUUAAUUGUACUGUCCUGUGCUAAUUUUACAGAAUGGUUUCAUUUUGGAGAAAAAAUGUCCAAUGUCCAAAGUUUUCUUACGAUUUAUGGACUUAUUUUAUAAUUUAACAGUCAAGCGGUGUAGCUCUGAGACAGCUGAUAAAGAAACACUGCAGAGGAGCUGGUUUUGAUCAACUCCUGGGGGAGAAAGUGAAAAGACCCCGCUCAUCAAAGGGGCAGGAACCACAACCAUGUGUGUGGUUGUGGUUUUAUUUAUUGGUUCACAUCACAUGCAGAGCUGUUUCGGAUUCGAACGGUAAAUAUAAUUUCAUUGUCUAAUGGAAUAGCCCAUUGCCUGAAGCUCUGGAGAAGGCCUCACAGGCUCUCUCAAGUCAAUAAAAUAAAGCUCGUCCUAGUGAACCGAGUAAGAAUAUAGAACAAAUCCACUUCUGUGUUGUAUGGAGUUUCGGUGAAGCAUAGCGACGGCAAGACACUGGCUCUUCACUUUGUGCUCUCAUGUCUGACAACAGGACCCCCUCUCCAGGGAUGUGGGUGGAUUUCUCAGAAAACACAUUAGCAAGUGGUAGAAACGCAAGAUUGUUGGCUUCAUUUAAAUUGAGUUAUUGUAUUUCCCCAUCUUAAGGUGUGCUAAGCAAUGGUGUGUUCUCACGCUGACCGUUUAACCACUGUGAGAUCUCUGUCGAUCUUGAUGUUUGUUUUCUACAUAUCUGGAAGUUUGUGCAGGCAGUUUAGCUUGUCAUCUCAUUGGCUUUCCGCCCUGCCUUGCUGCAGAAAUCUCCAGCCCCUUCCUCGCUGAAAGGUAAAAGAGAAAUUGGCUUAAAUAAAAAGGGUGGUGUUCAGAGGCCCUGCCAACGCUCAUCUUGGGCUGCUUUACCGAAGGGUAUUAAUAGUGGAUCAGUUACUGAUUCAGGGCUUGCAUUGUAAAAUGAUCCACCAUCCGACAUGCAUGCUGGAGUCCUUUGCACUUUCAGGUAUUCUUGAUUUUGCGAUUGAGUCAGGCAGACCAGCAUGUACCUUUUUUUUUUUAAGAAUAAUAUUUAGCCCCCUGUUUCCAAGGCAUCUUGAGGCAUCCAAGAUCCUGAAACUGUGUAGGAAAGCUGCCCGUUGCCUCAUGUACCAGUGAAUCCCUUCCAAGGUCUUCCAAGGGCAGGCUGAUGGAGCUCACGGUCCGGGUUCGCCUCUCUCCUCAAGAUCGCUGCAGAACAGACUGCCGCUGGACAAAUACAGAAGACCUGUAGGAUCUUAUUAAAAGACGGACUGCUGGGAGUGGUAAUGCACUGACGAUGUAAAGACACCCUUUCGUUGCUCUGUCCCAUUUUCCCGGAAAAUUAAGCUUUUGGAAAAUUGCUUUGAGCCACAGUCAAGAAAAAAGAACUUUACGAACAGCGUACUUCGUAAGGAAAGGAUUCAAUUCUCAUAAGUCUUAAUAAUCUCCUUGGUGCGGUUUGCAGAGUCUGCGCUGGAGUUCAGUUUGUACUUGAAUGACUUGACAGGAACUGGAGAGGUGGUGUUUGUGGAGAAGCUAAUGUGUGGUGUUCAGUGUCCACUUGGCACGAGAGGGUGGGUGUCCUUGUUUUAAACCAUCUUACCCACAGCUUGUCUAACAACGGAGAAGAAAGCAAGUUAAACACACACAGAUAUCAACAGAGACUUGCGCUUGUAACUGGGGAAGUACUGUGUAAAUAAAGAUUUCGUUAGACAUG